UUCCCCGUCCGGCGGCUGGAAAACACUACCGCAGCCGGAGCGGUCCUCGCUUGCGGUCGCCUUGAGGCGGGAACUGUCUCCCCGCGGAGGCCCGAGGCGGUGGUCGGAGAGAGGGCGAUCGCCGCUCGGCUCCUUCCGUGUAUUUUCGGCUCAUCCUCGGCCAGGCGUUCGCUUCUCUUCGGCUCCUUUCGCUCGGGCCGGCUUUUCCGCCUUCCCAUGUCGGACGUGCUGGCCGCAGCCGUUGCCUCCCGGUUCGAACCCCCUGUGGGAGGGGGGCCGCCUGGCGGCGACCGUUGCCUCAGUAGCGCUGAGGGAGAAGAGGAGAGCCGCCAACCGCCGCCUUCCUCAGAAAAUGAAGAUUCAAUUCAGAGGUCAGAACCUGCAUCCCAGACAGCUUCUGCUUCAGAGAAUGAUACCUUACAGUACAGGCUGCAAAAUGGAUCACCUGUGAAUGAGGGUGGUACAAAGGAUUUGGGAAGUGGUGACGAUGAUCUGAAGAACCAAGAUGUAACAGGAAAGGAAGCCAACCAGCUCCAGCACCAAAAAGAGGAGGCUGUAGUGCAGAUGACAAAGUAUCCUGCCCCACAAGGACCAGGUGAUAUAGUCAUGAUACAGUCAGAAUACACCGGUGCAGUGGAUGUCCUUUCAGCAGAGCUAGAAACCACAGACCUGCUGGGUGAGCAGAAGAAAGCUCAGCCACCUCCUCUGAUUCCAGCCACUACCUGGACAAGUGCCAAGAUAAGGGACUUCAAAACAAAGAUGGCAAAAGAGAAGAAUUCCCGCAUGGUAGUGAAAAGGGGUGAAGUAGUAACUGUCCGGGUGCCAACCCAUCCUGAUGGGAAACGUGUGUGCUGGGAGUUUGCUACAGAAGACUAUGACAUUGGUUUUGGAGUCUAUUUUGAUUGGACUCCUGUUACUAAUACUGCCAUUACUGUGCAAGUCAGUGAAUCAAGUGAUGAAGAUGAGGAUGAUGAAGAAGAGUUUGAAGGACCUAUUCCUGUUGGUGAUGUGGAAAGGGGCUCCAAAAGCUAUUUGCGAAAUCGCUAUGGGGAGAUCAUGCCUGUCUACCGGCGAGACAGUCACCGGGAAGUGCAAGUAGGCAGCCACGAUUAUCCAGGGGAAGGCAUCUAUUUGCUCAAAUUUGACAAUUCAUACUCCCUUCUGCGCAACAAGGUUCUCUUCUUCCAUGUUUAUUAUACCAGCUAAAGAAGUCGGUGGUGCUGGAAGUGAGUGUGACUGAAGGCACUAAAAUAAGGAAAGGAAGCUACCUGCCAAGACUGUCUUUUAACAGGCGCCACCUGAUGGAUGAAUUGGACACCCAGCUCUAUGCUUAUGUGCAGAUGACCUGUUUCUUCUUUGCUUCACUGUUAUAGUGGUUCAGCUGAUCACCGGCAACUCUAGUCUGUUUUAGAGACAACAAGCUGGAACUUUAGCUAUAGCAAGCAAGUCACUGGAUACCCAGUUCAGGUGUCUGCUUUUUCUUUCAAUUGCACUUAUAUGAACUGAAACUGAAGUUUGCCUUUUUUGUGGGUGUGGGAGAGAGGGGAAACACUGUCACCUUCUACUCUGCCAACUGCAAAUAGAUCACUGAAAGCAACUGCCAAAGCAGACCAUGGAUCUCAGUCUAGAAUUAUGUCACUGUGCUGUUAUAUGCUGCUGUUUGCUUGGUCUCUGGGGAUCUUGGGAAAGGGAACAUACACAUGCCAUCUCAGCCAUUGGUAGUGUGUCUUCUCUCCUCCUUUGUACAGUGUUUUUCCAGCAUCUGGUGUGCAGUGGCUGGUAUACAUUUGGAUUCUAUAGCUUGGCUGAAAAGAGCCUGAAUAGCAUGUGUGUGCUGUCAGCAAGGGAGCCACGCCACUAUGGAGGUCAGAAUCAUGAACGAGAUCAUUCUGAUUAUGGAAAUGGUUAGGAAAAUUGUCAAUAACAAAGACUCCCCUCAUUUUGAGCUUAAUAUGCUUAUUCUUUCAGUUGGCUUGUUGUAUUAAUUGGCUUGUUGUAUUAAUACAACAAUAGCUUAAGAUAGAGCUUUCAAAUUCAGUUGGGCUGGAGUGCCACAUUCCUCAUGAAGUUGAUAUCCAGAGGCCACACCUUUAGUAAAAAAAAAUAAUUUUUUUACUAUAAUUUGAUACCAAAUCACAAUACAUUUCACCUUGAUUGGUUAUGGCUUUAGUGAAGUUCAGAAUGAUCUUAGUGAAAUUAAUCAAUUACACUAAAAUUGGUGGAAAGCUUCUGGUUCUGAUAUUUAUAGCCUAAAUAUUUUAAAGUUGUUAAGCGUAACCUGCUUUUGCCUUGCAGUGCCCUGGGAUUCCAGGAGAGCAAGCAUUCCAAAUCACAAGUUUUUUACAUAGAGGAAUAUGAGUACCCUAUACCCACUCCAUUGAAGUCACAUGCAAUAUAGUGUCAGUGGCAGAACGUGAAGUUGCUUAAUGCAUGCAGCCCUUUAAGAGGGUACUGUGCUGCAGGCCCUUGUUCUGUUAUGGGCAUUGUUUUCUUUUGUCCAAUUUGU